AGAAUAUUACCGUGGUUUAGAAGACCGCUUAAGCACAAUGAAAUUGUACUUUCAUUAUAUUUACAUAUAGCCGAUAGUAUUAAAAAUACAGGCCAUGUUGAACAUCUUGCAUAUUCCAAUAGUGAUAAAGACUUUUAUUUUCCAUCCAAGAAGCAUAUACUCAGCCAGUCUGAAUUGAAAAAGAUAAAGGAACAUUUUUCUGCUUCUUAUGACGUUAGAGGUAGAACACUUAAGGAACAAGAUAUGGAUGGUUACGGACAAAAAAUAGGCAUUAUAUUGGAUCUAAAUGGAUUAGAAGAAAUCAAGGCUGGGCCUGAAUUAAUUAUUCAAUUAUG